AUGGCGCUCUCUACUGUAUUGUUCCACCCCAUCAACCUGAUGGAGCCAUACGCUGCCGGCUCCACCUCCCGACGCUCCGGCUCUCCCGACUGGGUCUUACUCCACAGGUCGGCGCGUUUCUCCGACCUCCAGAACUCAACCACCGUCAAGUCCAAGACGAGGGAUGGCCAGGCCGUCGAGGUGUCCUUCUGGCUCGUCCAUCCGCCGGGUGUCUCCUACUUCUCCGUCCACUGCCCCUGCCUGAAUGAGGAUGACUUCGCCAGCGAGCCCUGCGUCAUCUGCGCGGAGGCGGCCCUCGUUCUCUUCCGCGUAACCCUCAACAUCCCUGGUAAUUGGACGUCCACCCACCACUUUGUCUACAGAGCCGGCCCCGGGGAGCCAGCACUGCACCUGCUUCCGGACCCCAAUCCCAACUUUGCAGUGUCUUCAGCUGCAGCCCUGGAAUUUGGUCUCUUGCCGUUCCACGACGAGCACUAUGCCGUGGUAUUCCUAAAUCGGCACUUUACCAAAUAUGGGACUUGGCAUUUUGUUGUCGACCUCUUCUCGUCCAAGGAUCAGGCGUGGAGCACUAAGCUGGCCUUUCUGGGGUUAUUAUCGGAUUCUGUGUUAGAGCUUUUGGCCUCCCACGUGUCCUGCAAGCAGAUCGUGGUUGGGAGCAGCUCACUGGGUUGGGUUGAUCUUUUGCGUGGUAUUCUUCUUCUUCGCAACCCGUCCGAUAAAUAUCCUAUGAUCGAAUACAUCUCAUUUCCUGUGUCAAGGCCUUGCAUCACAGUCAAUGAAGGAUACACUGCCCAACGUUUUCGCGAUGUUGCCUGCUGCCAUAAUUUGAUCAAGUUUGUCGACAUCGAAUUUCAUGACCGUGGGUGCAGCAGAGAUAAAGGUUGGAAAGCCUCCACAUGGAACAUGAACAUUUUCUGGAACGAAUGGCGCCCACGCCUCACAGUUGAAGUUGCUGAUAUCUUGGUUCACCCAAGUUAUGAUGCUUUAUUGCCUGAGCUGCGGGACCACGAGACACAAAAAGUGGAUCUGAGGAAACUGAUUACACAUACCCCCACCCUGAGCAUGUAUGAAGAUGAUUUUCUCUACAUUACGUGCAAAGUGAAUGAUGAAGACCACAAGGCCUGGGUCAUCGCAGUGGACAUGAAGCUUGAGGCUGUGGUAGCAGUGGCCCCGUUUCCUGCUAAACAAGGCAACCUCAUGCCAGUGUACUAUCCAUGCGCGUUUCCCAAGCACCUCAACAUAACCCCUGGGCUUGAUGUGGCCAAUCCAGUGCGCAAGUAUUUCAAGGGGAUGGAUGCAGCGAAAUGUGCUCUGGAAAUUCUGUGGACUCAAGACUGGCUCAGGGAACUUGAUGAAUGGUUGGAAUUUGAGGGGUCAUGUUACACCGAUUGCAUAUUACUAGACUGUUGCCCAGUAUCAUCUCUACGUUUCAAUAUUCAAUCAGUAGUAGAAUAUGCUUCUUGUAAUGGUCGAGGCAAAGCUGCCUCCGAAGCUGUGAAUGUUUGCUUACGAGAGCUUUGGAAGAUUUCAAUUUCCAACUGCGCAAGUCACCGAGUGAUCCAGUAUUAUCCGCUGAAGCCUUGA